CCGCAACUAAAUCUUUCUCUAUAUAUGCUACUUAAGACACUAUAUAGGCCUCUACAAGGACAAGUUUAGAACAUUUUCUCGAGCUUACCAAAUUCAUAGAAAAUGUCAGUUGAUGAAUCAUGGCUGGCUGGAGUUGAGAAGGAAACCGGCGAAAAUGCACGACAACCACCACCACCACCAUUAACAUCCGAUAAGAGCGGUUUCGAUUCAAGCACUGGAAUUUACCAUACACUACACCAACUUGGUGAAGAUUUCCAAAUACCUACUAGACAUGACUUGGACACAUGCAGGUAUGUGUUAUCCCAAUUUCCCCAUCCUGACCAUGCUGAGUCAAAAAUUGCACUAAUUGAUGCAUACUCUAAUCGCCAAGUCACCUAUGCACAACUCCACCGAUCAAUCCGAGCCUUGGCUGCCGGUUUGUAUCAUUGUCUUGGAGUCCAGAAAGGCGAUAUGGUGUUCGUUGUGUCACCAAACUCAAUCCUCUAUCCUACAAUAUGCCUAGCCAUAUUUUCUAUCGGUGCAAUUCUAAGUCCUGCUAACCCCAUAAACACAGAAUCAGAAAUUACUAAGCAAAUACUAGACUCGGGUGCUAAACUUAUUAUUUCAGCACCUGAAGAGCAAGACAAGUUGAAACGAAGUGGGGUGCCUAUACUACUAACAACUCGAACAUCUGAUCAAAAUAAUUCUCUAUCAAUCGAAGAACUAAUCGAAUGUUGCGAUCCUGUAGAAUUCCCACGAGUAAAGUUAACUCAAUCAGACACUGCAGCUAUAUUAUAUUCCUCAGGAACUACAGGCAUAAGUAAAGGUGUGAUAUUAACACAUGCCAACUUCAUAUCUAUAAUGACACUACUAAAAUGGUCAGUCUAUGCAACCUCUUCACAAAAUGAUGUGUUCUUAUGCUUUAUUCCCAUAUUUCAUAUCUAUGGGCUAGCGUUUUUCGGAUUAGGCUUGUUCUGUGCAGGAAUUACCACUGUGUUAAUGCAAAAAUUUGAUUUUCAAGCUAUGCUUGAUGCAGUUCAAGCUCAUAAAGUAAACAACAUACCUGCAGUGCCUCCUGUGAUAUUAGCCCUAGUUAAGUAUGCAAAUAAAAUUAACUGCGACUUAUCUUCUUUAAGAAGGGUUGGGUCUGGGGCUGCACCUUUAAGUAAAGAACUGAAUGAAGAAUUUAGGAAGAGGUUUCCAUGGGUGGAGCUGAGGCAAGGUUAUGGCUUAACCGAAAGCUGUGCUGCAGCAACUUUUUACGUGUCUAAUGAACAUGCUAAGGCACGCUCAGGCUCCUGUGGAAGGUUAGUGCCAAGUUUUAGUGCUAAAAUAGUAGAUAUUGAAACAGGAUUAGCUUUGCCCCCUUGUAGAGAAGGAGAAGUGUGGUUAAAAAGCCCUACUAUUAUGAAAGGCUACCUGCGAAAUAAGGAAGCAACAGAUUCCACACUUGAUUCUGACGGAUGGCUAAGAACUGGAGAUCUUGGUUAUUUUGAUGAAGAUGGAUUUCUUUAUAUUGUUGAUAGGAUUAAGGAGCUUAUCAAGCAUAAUGGUUAUCAGGUAGCUCCAGCAGAACUCGAAGCAAUACUUUUGAAUCAUCCCCAUGUACUUGAUGCAGCAGUUAUACCGGUUGAAGAUGAAGAAGCAGGGCAGAUACCAAUGGCAUAUGUUGUGAGAGCAACAGGUUCUGAACUUAAUGAAGAACAAGUGAUUCGAUUUGUUGCCAGUCAGGUUGCACCAUACAAGAAAGUUAGGAGAGUAAGUUUCAUUACAGCCAUUCCAAAGUCUGCUGCAGGAAAAAUCCUGAGGAAGGAGCUUGUUACGCUUAGCCAACAAGAAGUUUUUUCAAAAUUGUAGUUCUUCUCCUUUACUUCUACUUCAGGAUCUAGAAACUAUGAAAAUUAUCAGCGGAAAGUAGUUUGGAGGAAGCUGGAGACAUAAGAAUCUAAUGGAAUAAAUUUUUUUGAAGUAUGACCAUUUUCUGGCAUUUAUACCAUAUCCAAGAUCGUAAAACAUGCUCUUCAGUCCUGCUUGCUACUACAUGUUUUGUGCCUUUAAUUUUCGUAGUUUCUUUUUUUUUUUUUUUUUUUU